GGAAAUGCUCUCCCCCCCCCCCGCCAUCUCGCCUAAAGUGAAGAUUUAUAUUUCGUGUAUUACUAUGUUCAUGAUUAAUAUCCAUCAUGGUCAGAGGUACGAGAACGAUCAUAUACAAGCUGCGUACGAAUGUUUAUACUGUAAUAAUGUAAGAUUGAUGUUAGUAAAAGAAUACCACAAUAAACGAUUACGAAUUUUGUUGGAUUAUUGUACGUCUAAUAAUUGAAAAUGCAAAGAGAAGAAAAGCAACUGGAUUCCGCUUUGGAGGCUAUUAUUAUGAGAGUAAAUGAUUUAAAGACUGCAAUUGCCGCAAUGAUAUUUAAAUUGGAACAUGAAUAUGAAACAUUGAAUUGGCCCAAUUUUUUGGACAAUUUUGCACUUAUUUCAGGACAUCUGACCAGUCUCUCAAAAAUUUUUGGACAUGAUAAAGCACCAAAUUUAAGGAACUUAACAGUUUUACCAUUAAGAUUAAGUCCAGAGAAAGAUGAAGAAUUACUUCGUUUAACCGAAGGUAGAAUUCCCACAUUUGCUCAUGAUUUAGUACCAGAUUAUCUACGAACUAAAGUAGAACCUCAAGCAGAACAAAAAAUGAUGCAGCUUGAAACAAAAGCUGCGAAUACAAGUACGGAGAUGUCACACGACUGCAAUAAACAAAUGAGUCAGUACACAAAGGUCAUUAAUAAUGUAUGGGAUAUAGCAAAUAAGGCACGUGAGGAAUGGGAAAGCGAAGCUGGAUCUAGAGCAACUCAAGCCCAGACAAGUAGUACUGCAGACACUCAUGCUCUUGUAGCAGCUGUGGGUAUGGGUAAAGGUUUAAAGUCUGAUUCUGUGCAAAUGGUUCAAUCUGGUGUAAAUUCUGUGCCAAGUGGGAUGAUGGUAGGUAGGCCUGGAAAUCAACAACAAGCUCCAGGACAAGGAUCUUUAGGAAAUCCAUCUAUGGGACAAAUGAGUAAAGCUCCAAGCGCAAUCAAAACUAAUAUUAAAGCAGCAUCACAAAUUCACCCAUACAGAUAAAAUAUAAUUUAUUAUUUAACAUAUUAAUCUUAGUAUAUUUUUCAAAUUAGACAUUAUUUCUACUAUAAUUUAUUAUCUUUUAAUACAUAACCAGUCAAAUAAUUACUUAUUGUCGUACAAAAAUGUAGAUAAAAUAUUUGAUAUAGUUAGAUAUAAUACUUGUAGAUCAAUUUAUAAUUAUAUAACAAAAUACGAUUUAUAAAAGUGCUAAUUUAUAAAAUUUA